UUACAGCUGUCGCCGACGCCGCCAUUGGCCGUGCGUGUUGAUGUGUGGCGCGUCGACGUCAGGAGACGUCUCUUUUCCCUCAGCCUGAAGGGAAAGCGGCCGCGGUGAGGGGUGGCCGUUACGGUCGUCCGUCCGUCCUCUUUCCUCCUCUUCAGCUUGUUCUGGGGGCGCGGGGCCGUUCUCCCCGGCCAUGGCGAUGGACACCAGCGGCAAGGAGAAGGAGGCGCUGCAGCUGCUCGCCGAGGCGGACAAGAAGGUCCGCGGCUCCCACGGCUUCUUCUCGGGAUUGCAUGGAGGUGGCUCCUCCAGGACUGAAGAAGCAUGUGAUAUCUAUGCCAGAGCAGCUAAUAUGUUCAAAAUGGCCAAGAACUGGAGUGCUGCUGGGAAUGCAUUCUGUCAGGCUGCUCAGCUCCAUCUCCAGCUUCAGAACAAGCAUGAUGCAGCCAUGAGCUUUGUGGAUGCUGGUAAUGCCUUCAAAAAGGCUGAUCCUCAAGAGGCCAUUAAUUGUCUCCUCAGAGCUAUUGAGAUCUACACAGACAUGGGGCGUUUCACCAUUGCAGCCAAGCACCAUAUAACCAUAGCUGAGAUCUAUGAGACUGAGCUGGUGGACAUUGAAAAGGCAAUAGCUCAUUAUGAACAAGCUGCAGAUUACUAUAAAGGUGAAGAAUCAAACAGCUCUGCCAACAAAUGUUUGCUGAAAGUGGCUACCUAUGCAGCUCAACUGGAGCAAUACCAGAAAGCUAUUGAAAUCUAUGAGCAGGUUGGUACUAGUGCCAUGGACAGUCCCCUGCUGAAAUACAGUGCAAAGGAAUAUUUCUUCAAGGCAGCCCUCUGCCACUUCUGCAUUGACAUGUUCAAUGCCAAGUUGGCUGUACAGAAGUAUGAAGAAAUGUUCCCAGCUUUCUCGGAUUCUAGAGAAUGCAAACUGGUUAAAAAAUUGUUGGAUGCUCAUGAGGAACAGAAUAUCGACAGUUACACUGAAUCAGUGAAGGAAUACGACUCAAUCUCUCGCCUGGACCAGUGGCUGACCACCAUGCUUUUGCGCAUCAAGAAAACCAUACAGGGGGAAGAGGAAGAUCUGCGUUAAGAAACCCUUGCCCUCAGUCCUCUGUCCUGUGUUUGCAGAACUCUGCAUGGAUCAGCUCUGGGGGAAGAGAGGGUCUUGGCACGAAGGAAUGAGACUCAAGUGGCAAAUUCUUCAUUUUCGCUUCCUUUCUCAUCACACCUCUUUGUGCUGCAGUAAACAGGGCUGGGAUGUGUCUGUCACCUGUGGACUGCUCCAGAGAGAUUUGAAGUUCUCCAUGUUGAUUGCCUUGCCUCGCUUCCUGAGCCAGCAUUUACAUCCUUCUGAUGGCUUAAUUGAUUGUUUAAUAUUUAAAGCAUCUUUAGUAUGUUCAGUUUGUUGAUGGUGCCAUUUUCCUUUCUUUCUCCCAAAAAUCUUACUGAAACUGAUCUGGAAAAUGGCUUCUUCUUUACAAUAGAAAGAAUGGCUAGUAUUUGUUGCUUCAUCUCAUUCCAUCCCCCCGACUGCGGCAGUUCCAGCUCCUUUUCAGCAGGCAUUGUAGUUUGAGUUUUGGCCAAUGCUUCUCCUUCUAAAAUAAUAUUUUAAAAUUAACAUGAAUGGCACUGAUCUCUAAGAGAAUGAGCUGCGCUUGCUAAAUGUCUCCCACCUGCCUUGUUUCAAAUAAUGGUGGGAACCCAAGAACUCUCACAAAUUCUACCUGUUGCCAAUGAGCUGUAUGAAAUAAUUCUGCUUCAUUCCAUGUUUAUUUCUGCACCCUGAAUUAUCUUGAAUUUAUGAUGGGAAGUGUCAGCCCAGCUCAUUCUCUUAGAGAUUGGCACAGAAGUCUGGAGUUGUAAUGUAUAUCCAUGGCUGGUCAGAGUGAUAUUCAAUCUCCUGUUCCUGCCUGACUAGAGGCAGACCAAACUUGAACUAUGCAGCAGGUAGCCAACACCCCCCCCCCUUAUUUAAAACUAGAAGCUCUGUGUGCAGGCUGUCUUGAUAACCAUCAUCUUGUCUUGCAUGGUCCUCCUCCUGGCUUAGUUUGAAGAGAGCAUUUCUCCAGCCGAGUGUUCUGUAUACAUUGUCAUGAAGCUGCUGUAUUUUUUUCUUCUGGGAUUUCUCUUGUGUUUGCUUUAAGAAAAAGAGCUUUAUCAUGUAAUCUAGGACCUUCAUGAAGGUUUCGCAUAUUAAUGUUUUGUUACUCAGUUGUUGGGAGGUGGACUUAAGUCCUGUUGCAUGUUUCAAAAUGUCUACCGAAAGCAACUAAUAGUGAAAUAACUUGCACACAAGAAACAAUAAAAAAAAACUUUGCAUGGGUAGAAACAGCGUUAGAGUCAAGUGUAACAAUAGCCUCCCUAACUUAAAUUUCUGUUGCUUGUAUAAAAGUCUUGCUUGUUUUCAGGCCCAUCACUCUUUGUUGUUCUUCCCUGCUCCCUUGCCCCUUGAAUUUCAGAACUGAUUCUGCUUUCAGUUCAGAUUCCCUUUCCUGUCAGUUCUCCUAAGUUGUGAUUUUGUUCCUGAACACUGGCUGUGAUUCUACCCGUCUGUAAAAAUAUUCCUGCAUGCUUGAAUUUGGCUGCCUCUGUGUGUAUGUGUGUGUGUACACAUUUUUGUUACUGCAGUAUGUUUGGAUAAGAAAUGUGGCUCACAGGAGUUAGAGUUAUAUGUACUCUGAAGUUGCAUAGCAAACAAGAAUGCCCCCAUAUAAAUUGUGCAGAUUAAAUCAAUAUGACUUUAAAUCAUAUAAUUCUCUAUGCAGGGCAUUGAAUCUUCACUUUAUUAACUGGAAUAUUUUUUUUUCCUGCUGGCACUGAAGCAACUUUUGCUAAACUUCAGUGCAUUUUGAGAAGCAUAUCUAUCCAGCCAUAAGAGAUACCUGGAAAAUGGUGAUAGUUGUCAGGAAUGAAAAGACCUGCAAUCCAGAGGAUACCAACCCAAACAUGGCUGAAUUUGAGAUUUCCGCAUUCAGAUGAUUCUGGCUUGCAAUAAGAAAUAGUGUCCAUUGAAGAGGGAAGUUUUCCUGUAGCAAUCUUUAUCAAAUUAAUGUUCUCCAGAGAAUGGCAACACCUGCCAGCCUCUGGAGGGAACCAGAUUGAAGGAAGCUGGCUGAUGUCCUCUGCCAAAGCAAAGAAUAAUCAGGGGCCUGUAACCCUUGUUUGAUGUUAAGCAAUUAAAUAUUUAUACUGCAAUUCCUCAAAGAUCUGUCUAAAUGAGGAGGGUAGGUUUCUUUAUGUCUUACAUUCAAUACUAACAUAAGUGAUCCCUAAUUCAGAAGAGAUUGGUGCAUGUCCAGAUUCCAAGGCUAGUUGGAAUGGUUUCUAUGAAGUCCGAGUGGCUUGGUUCCAGAGUUUUAUUUGUUCAAGCUUUAAAGUAGCUCUGAAGUCAUACAUCUUUGUGAUAUCCAAUGUUGCUGCUUCUCAUGGUAUACCUUUUGUCACAGAACCAAUGGCCAGUGAUGUGGAAGUAGUGAAAUGGGCAAGACUAGAAAAGGCUGUAGGACUUGUUUGUGGAAGCAUAAUCUGGGUUAGCCACCUCCUGGUGUGGUUUAGACCAGUAGAGUUUUGUAAACUGUUCUUGCCAUGUUAACAGUACAAACUAGAAAUAAAGCAUGAAGUUGGCAUUUGUGACUCAAA